AGCCAUGGCCAUUGCUCCUCCUUCACCAUUUCUAGGCCAUCUCCCUUUCCACCUCAAGGGGAAAUCCUCGUUUGGGCAGUUUACCCACAAUUCAGUUUGCUUUUUCAAAGUAAAGGCACUGUUUUGGGGCUCAAGAAGAAGUGUGAAGCCUGCUGAGAAGAACCUGUCACUUGGGGAAUUCUCUUUAUCAGGUGCAGACUCACAGGGGGAUAAAGGAACUUGUGAAAAGAUAUCCAUUUCUGUGGUUUCCUCAAUCACAGAGGUUUCACCAGAAGAGUGGGAUUCGUGCAGUCUUGAUGCCACUGGUCGUCAGCAGUUUAAUCCCUUUCUCUCACACGGUUUUCUUUCGAGCUUAGAGGAGUCUGGCUCUGCCGUGGAGGGAACUGGCUGGAUACCGCAGCACAUCAUUGCUCAAGAUGAAAGUAAUAAUAUUUUAGGUGUUGUUCCUCUCUAUCUCAAAAGUCAUUCUUAUGGUGAAUAUGUGUUCGAUAAUUCUUGGGCAAAUGCCUAUUAUAGUUAUGGUUUGAGCUAUUAUCCAAAGCUGCAAUGCUCAGUGCCUUUCACUCCAGUUACUGGCCCGAGGAUCUUGGUCCGUAACACGCCACAUAGAGAUCAGGUCUUUGACAUCUUGGUCUCUGCAAUGAAAGAUUUGGCAGUCAAGUUUAAUGUUUCAUCUCUACAUAUUACUUUUCCCACUGCAAAUGAGUGGCAAAAGUUGGAGGAGAAAGGUUUUCUGCAAAGGAUUGGAAUGCAAUAUCAUUGGAAAAAUCGUAAUUAUAAAAACUUUGAUGAGUUUUUGAUGGACAUGAAGCAAAGUAAGAGGAAAAACAUUCGUCAAGAACGCAAGAAGAUAUCUGCUCAAAAUGUGACCAUGAAACGCUUAAGAGGAUCUGAAAUCAAGGCCAGCCAUUGGGACACAUUUUAUAAGUUCUACAGAAAUACAACCGAUAACAAGUGGGGUACUGCUUAUUUAACGAGAGAUUUUUUUCAUCGUAUGGGUGCAAAGAUGGGUGACAAUGCACUGCUUGUUGUUGCGGAAGAAGGUGAUGAGCUUGUAGCUGCAGCCCUUAAUCUUAUUGGAGGAGAUACCUUGUAUGGACGACUAUGGGGAUGUCUCCCAGGAGCCUACUAUGCGAAUUUGCACUUUGAAGCAUGCUACUACCAGGCCAUAGACGCGGCGAUUGAACUUAAUCUUAGCACAGUAGAGGCUGGUGCUCAGGGUGAACACAAAAUUCAAAGGGGAUAUAUGCCAGUGACUACUUACAGCUGUCACUAUGUUCUAGAUGAGGAUUUUAAUCGAAUCAUUGAUGAUUUCUUGGUACGAGAAACUGCCCAGGUUAAACUUGUUAUGAAACUAUUACAGGAUUCUGGUCCCUUCAAGGAGGAUAUAUUGAAUUGAUUAAGGUGUUUAGCAUCCGAAUUUAUAUAUGGCCAGCUGUUCCCUGUUGAAAGCUUCUUAUAUUUCACCAAUCAAAGUGGCAUCUUCUGUUGGCUGUGCUAGCAGUCAAUUUUAAAAGCAUCCAACCAUGUUUUCUGGGAAAAUGGCAUUUAGUCUUCUAUUUAAAGCAUUAAUCAGGACAGAUGAGAUUAUUUCAAGCUGUUUCCGCAGUUUAUUCACAAUAUUAAAAAAAUUAAACUUGGAAAAACUGUAAAUAUCGAACCAGAAUGCAGUAAGAAUCUUUGCCAUGUACAGAAAACUGAUCAAUGUUCUUCUUGUAUAGAAAUCAUUAUCUUCAAUACGUAUUCACAAUAUUGUCCUUAGACCUUA